AACAGGGGGGGUUCGAUAAGGGUGGGGGUCUGUGGUGGCUUGGUUCACGUUUCUCUCCAGAACUCAUACUUUCCUUCACUUCCGAAGUUGUGAGUCGGACUAGGAAGAUUUUGUUCCGGUAAUUUAGGUUAAUUUAGUGGUUCCGAGACUCCUGACGCUUGUCGUUUAAGGGCCAGCUACGACUGGCUGACUGGACUGGUACAGAGAUGCUGGACCUGUCAGAGGAUCCUCGAGGUUUUCAGGAGAUGGAGCUGGUGGACAUCCUCUGGAGGCAGGACGUGGACCUGGGGGCGGGCCGAGAAGUGUUCGACCGGCGCCUGCGCCAGAAGGAGGCGUCGCUACGGCGCCAGAGGCAGCUGGAGGAGGAGGAGCUCCGGCAGCGGGAGGAGGAGAAGGAGGAGGGGCGUCGCCGGGGGCUGCAUCUGGACGAAGAGACGGGGGAGCUGACGCCCCUCCCCCUCACGUUGCCGAGUGAGGACGAUGCUGAUGCAGACCAUGGCUCCACGCACAAGGACCCCAUGCUGUGUGAGAUGGAAGAAGAGACUCUGUCGUUCGCUGAGUGCAUGCAGCUGCUGGAAGACAGUUUUCCUCUGGAUGAGAACAUGCAGGUCCCCUCCCCUGUGGUCAGCCCCCCAGCCCUGCCCAUGCCCCAGCCCUCACCUGUUACCCAGAACCCAAUGCUGUCAGCGCUGCUGACUCCGCAAAGUGCGUCCCCAAAACCGUCUAAACAUUCCCUCUCCUCUGUCCCUCCACCUGCCCCGUCCUGCCUCCCUCCACCUGCCUCGUCCUGCCUCCCUCCACCUGCCCCUCCACCUGCCCCGUCCUGCCUCAUUCCACCUGCCCUGCCCUGCCUCCCUACACCUGCCCCGCCCUGCCUCUCUACACCUGCUCCGUCACCUCUCCCAGUCUCUCCUGCUCCCCAAUCCCAACAUUCACCCCUCCUAAAACCCCUCCAGGUCCGAUCGCCCCCCUCAGCUGCCCAGUCCCCCUCAGGCAGUGUGGAGGCAGAGCAGGUCUGGCUGGAGCUGCUAUCUCUCCCAGAGCUCCACAACCUCAGUAUGCAGGUAUCAGAGAUCCUGGAGCAAAGCAGUCUGGUAGGAGAGAAGCAGAACUACAGCAGCCUGCCCGUAGUGGUGGAGGAGGAACACUACAGCCAGUACUGCCACCUAAACUACCCUCCCACAGCUACACCGCUCCUUCCUAGUCCCCUGCCAUCCCACAACAUCCCCUACCCCUCUCACUCUCCAAUGGAGGACCUGUCUCACCCUCUGCUUGACGACCUGUGUCACACUCCCCUGGAGGACUUGUCACCCCGGCCCCUAAAGAACAUGGCCCACCCUCCCUUGAAAGACCUGGCUCACCCUCUGCUGGGGGACCUAUCUGAUCCCGCCCUGGAAGACCUGUGUCCCUUUCCCCUGGAGGACCUGUGUCCCCCUAACCUGGAAGACAUGUGUCCCCCUAACCUGGAGGACCUAUCACCCCCUAACCUGGAGGACCUAUCACCCCCUAACCUGGAGGACCUAUCACCCCCUAACCUGGAGGACCUAUCACCCCCUAACCUGGAGGACCUAUCACCCCCUAACCUGGAGGACCUAUCACCCCCUAACCUGGAGGACCUAUCACCCCCUAACCUGGAGGAGCUAUCACCCCCUAACCUGGAGGACCUAUCACCCCCUAACCUGGAGGACCUAUCACCCCCUAACCUGGAGGAGCUAUCACCCCCUAACCUGGAGGACCUGUGUCCCCCUAACUGGGAGGACCUUGAUUUGACUGAAGAAUUCCUCGGCCAUCCACAUGGUGAGUCUCCAGACUCUGCAGUGUGGAUAGACACAAGCUCAUCUGGGGCAUCCAAUCAGGAAGACGGCUCCUGGGGCUUCAGUGAAUCAGAAACAGAGGAGAUGGUGACAAAUCCCAGCCACAGCCAAUCACAACAAGGGGAAAAUACAUCCCACAGCAUGCUCCACCAAUCAUCUUUUGGCUCUUCCCUCUCGUCAUCAGGCCCGUCCUCUCCUGACACCAAUCCCCUCACAGACGUCAGUGGCCAUGCUGAGCGUCUCACCAAGUCCAGAAAGUCCUCCAGAUCCAGGGGGCGGGGCCGUUUGUCCCGUGAUGAGCAGCGAGCCAGGGCCUUGUCCAUCCCCUUUGCUGUAGACAGUAUUAUUAACCUUCCUGUUGAUGACUACAAUGAACUGAUGACACGUCACCAGCUUAACGAAUCACAGCUGGUUCUGAUCCGGGACAUCAGGAGGCGGGGAAAGAACAAGGUGGCAGCCCAGAACUGCCGCAAACGCAAGAUGGCGUCCAUCAGCGGUUUAGAGGAGGAGAUGGAGGAGCUCCAGAGUGAAAGGGGCCGUCUGCUGGGGGAGCGUGCCCAGAGAGAGAGCUCCCUGAAGGAGCUUAGGGUGCAGCUGGGCAGCCUCUAUCUGGAGGUUUUUAGCAAACUGAGGGAUGAGGAAGGGCUGCCAUAUUCCCCAAGUCUUUACUCCCUCCAGCAGGCCUCUGACGGAUCCAUGUUCCUGGUGCCACGUGCUAAAAAGCCCCUCCAGGGUAACGCAAAUUAGGGUCCUCAUUGUUGCACUUUUCUUGUGAUGUUGGUUGUCACAGUCUUUGGCCACAAUUCAGAUCCAUUUGCUGGAUCAGGUUAAUUAUAUAAAAAGUGUUUGCUUCAUAUACUGGGGGUAUUUCCCAUCUUUUAAUCCUUCUUUAUUUUGUAUUUUUAUAUUAUCAAUAAUAUUGUAUGGUUUUAUAUCUGAUUUACCUUUGAAUGACUUUCAUUGCCUUGUAUGCAUUGGUAUUUCUCAAUUUCUUUUGUAUUGAAAUAAACCGUCUUUCAGGAGUCA